UUUAUAGUAUCGUACUUAACUUGUUUAUGGAGAUGGCUAGAUCAUCUGUACCUCUGAUCGCUGUAUUGUGUGUUUCACUACUACCACUUGCGGCCAUGGCGAUUGGAACGCCAUUCCACAUUGAAGGAUGUGUGUACUGCGACACUUGCCGCUUUGGAUUCGAGACAGUCGCCACCAAAUAUAUCAUCGGGGCAAGAGUGAGGAUAGUGUGCAAAGACAGAGUGACACUUAAACAGGAGGUGGUUGGUGAGGCGGUGACGGGACGCGGAGGAAUCUACAAGGUCGCCGUCGAAGGAGACCGACAAGACCAGCAAUGUAUUGCGGAGCUCGUCCAUAGUCCUCUCCGCAAAUGCCAAGUGGCCGAUCCUGGUCGCAGCACGGCCACCGUUAUCCUCACGCGAUCCAACGGUGCCGCAUCCACUCGCCACUAUGCCAACGCCAUGGGCUUCUUCCGGGACGAACCACUCCGUGGUUGCGCCGCUCUCCGCAGAUACUACCUCGCCGACGGUGAUUCCCGGGCUAUUUGAGUCAUUUUUCUCACCUUAUAUGUUCUUUCUUGACAAAACAAAAAGCGUUUUGUUUGUUUUGUUUGCGUAAUGUUGUUCUUCAGUCUCUAAAGUUGGUUCGAGGUACAUCUAAUUAAGAAACUAUAUAAAAUAAAGCAUUGCAAUCUUAUA